AUGAUGCACCACGUCCUUACCCUUCUUCACCUUUCCCUCACGAUUCCUUCCACCUGCCCUUGUAUUGGCUCGCACCACCCCUCGCCUCCUCCCCUCCUCGCCUAUGCUAGAAUGCUGGAUGACAAUCAGAUCUCGGGCUCUCUGCCAGCCUCCUUCUGCAAUCUGAAGCGACUCGAGUACUUUAGAGACCAGAUUCCCUCUUCUUCCCAUUCCUGCCCCUCCUCUGCUCUCUCCGCAACCCCUCGCCAGCAGGGCAUGCAGCAACGCACCCAGGUUCCCACUGGCGUGCGCAGCAACCGCAUGUACGGGCCGCUGCCGCGCUGCAUGUUUGACUUCCUCGGACUCAACUACCUAGUCCUAGACACAUGCAACGGCCACCAUGCUCUGCCCUGCCCUCUACUCCUCAGCCUGCCAAUUCCUUGCUUUAUCCGCUCCCUCCCACUCCUCCCCCCAACAACCGACGUGCGCAACAACUCCUUCUACGGCACAAUAAACCGUGACUUGAAGGGCAUGAACAACCAACCCACAGUGCAAAACCCCAACCCCGCCGCGCUCAACCUGGCGUACAACUAUUUCUAUGGGGAGCCCUUUGUGUACGCUGCCGGCAGUAUGAUCUGCCCCACACCCGUCGUUCGUACCGUCGACUACCACGAUAUUGCCUCCAUAGGGGCGACCGCAGGCGGGGUGGUGGCGGCAGAUUCCUCUUCCGGGCGGCAGGAGUAUCGGGUCUCCGUGGCGUACGAGAAGGGCCAGGCGAGCCUGCUGCAGAACUGCCUGGCGGUGCGCGGCGAGGCGGGGUGCCUCGUGAACGAGACUCAGCGGGCGCCAGAGGAGUGUGCGGCGUUCUGCAGCAUCACGGAGAGCGGCGUGUGCAACGGGUUGGGGGACUGUGUGCCGCCUGAGCCGGGGAGCAGCGGGCAGGGCUUCACGUGCCUAUUCCACUCACUAUCCACGGGGCCCAUCGUGGGCAUCGCAGCGGGGUGCUUCAUGGGGCUCGCUCCAAUGGUGGCCAUUGGCCCAUUUCCCAUCACUCUCUUCCCCUCAUCCUCCCUCUCACCCCUCCCCGCAGCGCUGUCAACGGGGGCGAUAGUGGGCAUUUCCGUGGGGUGCUUUACGGGACUUGCUCUCAUUGCCGCUGUGGUUGUCAUCAUGCUCCGCAAGAAGAAGAGGCGCCGGUGGGAUGACCUGGACGUGUGUCAGGAGUUCUCCAUAACCACGAUGCACAAAGCCCUCAUGUCCGCCUCUCAAUCCCCUCUAACCCUCCCUUCCUUCUCCCACACGCGCUUCCAACUCUCCCUCCCCACCCCGCCCUCCCAACCUCUCCUCUCCCCAGGCCGAUGGGAUGACCUGGAUGUGUGUCAGGAUAUCUCCAUUGCCACGAUGCGCAAGGCCACCAACGACUGGGCGGAGGGGAACGUGCUGGGCGAGGGGGGCUUUGCUGUCGUCUACAAGGGCGUCAACCCGGCUAACGGGCAGCUCUGGGCCAUCAAGAGGCAAACGCUCAUGUCUAACGACUUUGAAAUGGAGGUGCGGGCGAUGGCAAGUUUGAACCACAAGAACCUGGUGCGGCUGCUGGGGUUCUGCCUGGACAUGAAUGUGGAGAGCGGCAAGCAGGAGCAGAUCCUCGUCUAUGAGUUCGUGCCUCACCAUCCCAUCAUUCACCGCGACAUCAAGCCUGCUAACAUCCUAGUUGGGGAAAACCUCACUGCCAAGGUCGCAGAUUUUGGGCUGCUGAAGACGCUCAAGGUUGGGGAUGAGACGGCCACGAGGGUGGCGGGCACGCCAGGCUAUGUAGACCCGGAUUACAAUCGCACCCAGAUGGUCACCACCAAGAGCGAUGUGUACAGUUUCGGGGUGGUGCUGCUGGAGAUGCUGACAGCGCGCAAGGUCACUAUGGGCGGCAGCUCCCACAUCGGCAAAUGGGCGAGCAAGAUGGUGGCAGAAUACACGCUGGACGAUCUGCGGGACAAGUCGCUAGAGAUUCCCGAAGAGGCCAUUGUGGAGUGGGCUGACCUUGCCCUAGACUGCAUCAAGGCGCCCGGCUCUCGCCGCCCGGAGAUGAAGGACGUGGUGAGGCGCCUUGACCACCUGCUGCAAACCUACACGGAGGAGUAUGAGGGCGAGAAUGACCUUAGGGCGGUUGUUGAUGGGUUGAGCAGUAGUGCAAGUGAUGCGGGGUUGAGGUCGAGCCAGGCUGGCACGAGCUCAGCCGUUGGAUCGGGGAUGAGCUUCCCGUCUUCCGGGGUGAUGCAUUCAUCGUUUAACAGCACGGUGCAGAGCGGUGUGAUGAGUGGUAUUGGCCCGGUGAGUGGUGUUGGCCCGGUGAGUGGUGUGAGCGAGGUAUCUAGUAAGAGCGGGGUAUCGGGUACGAGUGGGGCAUCAGGUAAGAGUGGGGCAGCUGGCCCGAGCACUCGGUCCAAGCUGAUGAUGUCUGUGGCGUCUGCGCUGGGAAUGAGUGAAGGGGAGAUGGCGGGAGGGGAGGGCGGUGGGGAUAGUGCUGUGAUGCGGGACGCAGGCGGGAAGAAGGAUGGCCACAGCCUUCAGAGCCUCUUGAGUGUGAAGGAGGUUGAGGGCCGAUGA